AUGAUGGGCUCGGUGCUGCCCGCCGAGGCCCUGGUCCUCAAGCCCGGGCUGAAGCCGCAGGGGCUCUCGCUGGCCGAGGUGAUCACCUCCGACAUCCUGCACAGCUUCCUCUACGGCCGCUGGAGAAACGUCCUGGGCGAGCAGCUCUUCGAGGAGAAGAGCAGCCCUAAGACCGCCUUCACGGCCGAAGUGCUGGCUCAGUCGUUCUCCGGAGAGGUGCAGAAGCUCUCCAGCCUGGUGCUGCCGUCGGAAGUGAUAAUCGCCCAGAGCUCCAUCCCCGGCGAAGGGCUCGGCAUCUUCUCCAAGACUUGGAUCAAGGCUGGCACCGAGAUGGGGCCGUUCACGGGCAGGGUCAUCUCCCCCGAACAUGUGGACCUGUGCAAGAACAACAACCUCAUGUGGGAGGUGUUCAACGAGGACGGCACGGUGCGGUACUUCAUCGACGCCAGCCAGGAGGAUCACCGCAGCUGGAUGACCUACAUCAAGUGUGCACGCAACGAGCAGGAGCAGAACCUCGAGGUGGUCCAGAUCGGGAACAGCAUCUUCUACAAGGCCAUCGAGAUGAUUCCUCCGGACCAAGAGCUGCUGGUGUGGUAUGGGAACUCCCACAACACCUUCCUGGGCAUCCCAGGUGUGCCAGGGCUGGAAGAGGAGCAGAAGAAGAACAAACAUGAGGAUUUCCACGCGGUGGAGACGGGGGCCAGCACGACGGGGCGUAUGCGCUGCGUCAUCUGCCACCGUGGCUUCAACUCCCGCAGCAACCUGCGCUCCCACAUGCGCAUCCACACCCUGGACAAGCCCUUCGUGUGCCGCUUCUGCAACCGCCGCUUCAGCCAGUCCUCCACCCUCCGCAACCACGUCCGCUUGCACACGGGCGAGCGGCCCUACAAGUGCCAGGUUUGCCAAAGUGCCUACUCCCAGCUCGCGGGGCUGCGGGCGCACCAGAAGAGCGCCCGCCACCGGCCCCCCAACGCCUCCCUGCAGGCCCACUCGCCCGCCCUGCCCGUGCCCCACCCUGCCUCCCUGGCCCAUCACAUCCCCACCAUGGUGCUGUGA